CAAAGCAGCAUUUUUCGACACUUGCUUCUGAAAUUAUUAUACUCCUAACUCCUAUAUACUUUGUUUUCCAAUUAACCGCUCCCUUUUCCAUCUCUUGCCGCUACGCUCAUUCACCCCCCACUCCCCUUUCUCCACCCGGGCCUCUGCUUUCUUCUCCAUAUCUAAUUCAUCAUGAGUCUUUUUGGUCUUGGAAGGAAUCAGAGAACAUUCCGGCCCAAAAAAAGUGCACCCUCAGGGAGUAAGGGGGCACAGUUAAGGAAGCAUAUUGAUGCCACAUUGGGUAGCGGAAACUUGAGAGAGGCUGUAAGACUCCCACCUGGAGAAGAUAUUAACGAGUGGCUUGCUGUCAACACUGUCGAUUUCUUCAACCAGGUGAAUCUGCUUUAUGGCACGUUGACUGAGUUCUGUACACCAGAGAACUGCCCUACAAUGACUGCAGGCCCUAAAUACGAGUACAGGUGGGCUGAUGGAGUACAAAUUAAGAAGCCUAUUGAAGUUUCGGCUCCAAAAUACGUUGAAUAUUUGAUGGACUGGAUUGAAACUCAAUUGGAUGAUGAAUCUCUAUUUCCUCAAAGGCUUGGUGCGCCGUUUCCAUCCAACUUCAAGGAUGUUGUCAAGACAAUUUUUAAGCGUCUCUUUCGUGUGUAUGCACAUAUUUAUCACUCCCAUUUUCAGAAAAUUGUGAGUCUUAAGGAGGAGGCCCAUUUGAAUACGUGCUUUAAGCAUUUCAUACUCUUCACCCAUGAGUUUGGACUGAUCGACAAGAAGGAACUGGCUCCACUCCAAGAGAUUAUAGAAUCCAUCAUCGUCCCGUACUGAACAACGUGAUAUUUCACCGUGCUGCUAAAGCUGGAACUAAAUAGUGUAAUGUAAUGUAAUAAAGUUUCUCGUGGUCAUCCAAAGUGUAUAGCCUCAGCUGACAAUUUGAAGUGUCUAUGAAUGUAUAAUGGUUGUAGCUUUUCCUAUAUUGCUUUCAAGCAAAGUCCUUUUGUGGAUGACUAAACGAAGACCAAACAGAUAGAACCUGGAGUUGAGAAAUCGUCUUUCUAUCUUACAAAGGUAGGGGUAAAAUUUAUGUA